AUGGAGCAAAGUAGAGGACUUGGUGAUUAUAAUCAAUCAUUUCCGCCGGGGAGGAGGUCGAGAGUAGUGGACUACCAUGGCACUCCUCUUCCCCCGAGAGAAUGCCCUCGUUGUCAGUCCAAUAACACCAAGUUUAGCUAUUUUAACAACUACAGUGUGAAUCAACCAAGAUAUUACUGUCGAACAUGCAAACGCCAUUGGACCCACGGUGGCGCUCAACAUGACAUCCCUAUUGGUGGUAAGUCCCAUAAGGGAAAGAGAUCUACUAGGAGGCAUGAGAAUCAAAGGGUUCAAUUGGCUCCACCAUCACCACCUCAACUGCAACCACUAAGUCCAUCAGCAAUUGUGGCUCCACCAGCUUCCAUUUCUCCUAUGGUUCCUCCAAUGAUGACACCAUAUCACGCUAGUGGUGGGUUUUUUCCCCUAAUGGUGGAGGAAGAGAUAGCUCAACCUCACAAAUUUGAAGCUGAAAAUGGGUACCUCAAUUGGGUAAACCCAUUGAACAUCGUGGACCAAACCUUUCUCCAGCUUACUACUAUGAAUUCUGAUUCAUGUAUGGAAAAUUUUCAUUUGAAAAAUAGUGAGGCUAGCUCGUCUAACGUUGUACCAUUAGAUGCAUCGGUGGGGAAGAUUUCCACCACCAAUGAAGGCACAAAUGUUAGUUGGGAUUCAUCAUUUGUGGACGUAGAUGAAUGGCUAAACAUCCCAAGCGACUUUAGCCCGUCAGUGUGA